AUGCGGUGCACCUACCUUAUCGCCCUGGGCCUGCCGCUCCUGGGAAGCCUGGGUGUUCUGGCGACGCCCGUCGGAAGCAGUGGCGCGACCCAGCUGGCACAGCGAGACGACUCCGAAAGUUACCCUGGCGCAAAAGGCGAGGAACUUGCCGAGAAUAGUAAGGUCUCUACCCGUACUGGCGGCAUCGGCCAGUGGGUCGACAACACGAAUGUGGCAAAUGCCCAGGGUGCGUUCAGCUCGCCGGGAGUGAGCAUCACGAAUACCUUGGAUUUAUUCGGCGAUUGGUACUCUCACAAGAGAAGCGGCGAAAAGGAGAAGGCGUUCGAACAGAAGCUCGGGGCUUUCGGCAAGGCUAUCAAAAAUGGGCAGGGGUUCGUGGCCGAAGGCGACGCUCAGAAAGUCGCCAGGGAACUGAGGGAUGUCUUGUGCCAGGGGGUGGACAAGAACUUGGACAAGGUCCAACACGUGGCGGAUAAUUUCAAGGAGUGGUACAAGAACCCCAAGGAGUUCGCAGACAAAUGGGGCGAGGCUAUCGGCCAAACCGAGGAUAUCACGAAGGUGAUGUGGUACAUGCUUGCACCGAAGGAAUAA